CGCACCGCACCUAACCUCUACUGUUCAGUUAAUUUUUGUACAGCAUCGUGCUAGGAGGAAAUUGUAUAUUACAUUUUAUUAUACUUGAUAGAUAUUGACUACGUCGUGUAGAUUUAAAAUUAAUUGAACAUGGAUCAAAACUUAUGGCUUCUCGUCGAAUGGGUAGACGACGAAAAGAUAUUUUCUAAUUACGUCGUCGUUAGCAAUCACUAUUUAGCGACAAACGAGACAGAUCUUCAUACUGGGAAAGUGGUUUUACUUCGUGACAAGUAUAACAAUAGUGCACGCAAGGUGCGAAUUCUUCGAGUUUCUGAUAACAAAAAUGAUAUAAAAGCCUUCAAAGUGUUGAUGGAAAGACAAGACCAUCAAGUGAAAACUGUUCUUACACUGUGUAUGAAUGCUGUAAAAGAGAUGAAAACAAUUCCAAUGAACAGGAAGGCGGACGAGCAUAUGGGCCACCUGAUGAUGAACCUCGAUUUUACUAAAUCCACGAUUAAAUAUAACCAAAGCGAAUGCGCAGAGUCGAUAACUAAUGGGCAAAUAAGUCGAUUAUUGAACGAAAAAUCUCUACCCGAUACGAACGCUCAGAAUUUUAAACUGACAUUUGAUCAAGGAACGCAGACCGACUCUGAUCUCGAUGAACCUUCAACGGAACAUUUAGAUAAUAUAGAAACGCAAAUUAACAGCUUGUACAGGGAGUACCGGGCUUUGGUAUCUCGUAUUCAAAGUCAGACAUGUCAAUGUGUACAUCGAAGACUAAAUGAGAAUGUAGAGAUUUUAGCAGCAGAAGAACCGACCAUUGUUCGUCAAAAUACGUCAAGUGUUGAGCUCGAAAUGGAUAAGAAUUCUGGUGAUCAGACUACUAACGCAAGUUUGCCAUUGUCGGUUAACAAUGUUGAUAUGGUUUCAAUUGGAAACGGCAAUGUCACCGUGCCUGCCAGACUAAUGGCAGAAAUCGAUUGGACUUCCCACACUUCAGCGACGAGACGAUUGUUGCAAGCCGUUUUUCCUAGAAGAAUUCUAGCCACUCAUUCCAUAACUGGAAAGAAGUCACCAGCGUUUGCGAACAAACCACCCAAAAAGCAAUUGGACCCCAAAUUAGUAGACGAUAUUGUCAACACCGUCGCCGAAAGGUGCAAUGUUCCUAAAAGGAUUGUUAGGAGGUCCAUUAUGACGAAAUGUAAGAACGAAGCAAAGUUAUAUAGAAAUCGUCAACGGUACAGAAAAAAGCGCGAACAACAAAACCGAGAGAACGUCCCGCCAUCUUCUGCGACAUCGGGCGAAUCCACCACUGUUUGAUAUUAAGGAGAAAAAGAUCUAAUAUCAAUUUGUACCAUUUAUUCAUCAAUUAAAAAUAUGUUAUAACUUUUUAAUAAAAUUUAUUUAUAAGAUUUUUUUUGAUAAAAUAAUGAAUCAAAAUACAAAUUUAUAUGUCAUGACCAAAAACCCACUGUUAACUGUAGAUAUAAGAUAUGACAAUAAAGCAUAACGGUAUCUUA